UCAGACACACCCAUCACCAUGGCGAUCGCUGUAGCCCAGCAGCGUCACAUGUUCGGCAUGGCGUCCACUGUCGCCAACAACAUCAGCUACGUGGACGAGCAGACCGUGGUCUACCCCGCGGGGUUACAGUGUAUCCUGUACAACAUCGACCAGAAGGCGCAACGGUUCAUCCCCGCUUCCGACAAGAGCCAGGGCAUGACUGCUAUGGCUGUCAGCCCCAAUAGGAGAUAUGUAGCGAUUGCGGAGAAGGGCGAGAAAGCCAUGGUCACCAUCUAUGACCUGCACUCCUUACGCAAACGGAAAGUCCUUACGUCUCCCGACGUCCAAUCAGCAGAGUUUGUCAGUCUGGCGUUCUCCCCAGAUUCCAAGUACCUCAUAGCACAGGGCGGCCGUCCUGACUGGAUCCUGGUCUACUGGACCUGGGAGAAGUCAAAGGUCAUGGCUUUCACCAAGACAACCAAUCAGACAGGGAACCCCAUCUAUCAGGUGACCUUUAACCCCCAGGACAACACGCAGAUUUGCGUGGUCGGAAACGGCAUCUUCAAACUGUUCCGUUACAGCGAGGGGAACCUGAAACAGUUCGCCUUCCAGAAGACUGAGCCACAGAACUACUUGUCACAGGCAUGGGUAUCUGAUGAGCGUGUGAUUGUGGGAACAGACAACGGUCGCCUGUUGCUGUUCGAGUCGGGCGAGAUGAAGAGCGAGUUUGCCGUCUCCAUGGGAACCAGGGAGGGAGACAGGUCGAGCCUCGGCAGCGUGACGGAAGGCUCGGGUGCGGCCAGCGGUCCCCCACAGAUCACAGCUGUUGCCGCCUACUCCAAGGGCUUCGCCUGCGCUGGAGGGGCGGGAACUGUACACAUCUACGAGAAGACUGAAGACGCCAAGGACUUCUACAAGAAAACCAGGGAGAUCAGGAUCCCCCAGGACCAGCACAGUACUGACCCCAGCCGUGCGGAGGCACAGGAGGUCCGCUGUCUGACGGUCAGUCCUUCAGAGGAGACUCUGGUGGCCAGCACUGACCAGAACCAACUCUACCACAUCUCUCUGUCCAGCGCUGACAUUGGCAAGGGAGACUAUGCCAAGUUUGAGGUUCUGUCCCAGUCCUUCCACCACGGCAGUGUCACCGGGACGGACGUCUGCAUCCGCAAACCUCUCAUCGCAACCGCCUCGCUAGACAGGUCCAUCCGCAUCUGGAACUACGAAACCAAUUCUUUAGAGCUGUAUAAGGAGUUCCAGGAGGAGGCGUACAGCAUCGCGCUGCACCCCUCGGGGCUGUACAUCCUGGUCGGCUUCAGCGACAAACUGCGCCUCAUGAACCUGCUCAUCGACGACAUCAGGACCUUCAAGGAGUUCACCAUCAGGGGGUGUAGGGAGUGCUGCUUCAGUAAUGGCGGUCACAUGUUCGCGGCCGUCCACGGGAACGUGAUUCAGAUCUACUCCUCCUCAACCUUCGAGAACAUCAACAACCUGAAGGGCCACAACGGCAAGGUUCGCUGUGUGAAGUGGAGUCAGGACGACAACAAGCUGGUGUCCUGCGGGAUUGACGGCGCUGUGUACGAGUGGGACACGCGGACGGGACACCGGGACGGGGAGAGCGUCCUGAAGUCCUGCAGCUACACGGGCGUGGCCAUCUCUCCGGACGGCAAGACGACGUACGCUGUUGGGUCUGACAAGACUAUCAAAGAGAUAGCAGACUCACAGAUCCUGAGAGACGUAGAUGCUGCUGACAUGAUGCUGACACAAGUUGCCAUGUCGCACUCCGGCCGCAUGCUCUUUGCCGGCACGUCCAACGGGACGCUGCGCUCGCUCAAGUUCCCCCUGACCGUGCCUGGCGAGUGGCAGGAAUACCAGGCUCACAGCUCACCCAUCACCAAGAUGCACAUCACCUACGAUGACCAGUACCUGAUCACGGCCUCUGACGACGCCUGCAUCAUGAUCUGGAAGAUCACAGAUAAGGAAGGGCGUGGUCUGAAGGGCAACAAGGAGAUCACCUAUGCUGAGGAGAUCCUCAUCACCAAGUCAGACCUGGAGGAAAAGAACCAAGUCAUGGCAGAACUCAAGACUCGAGUGGAGGAACUCAAGAUGGAGAACGAGUACCAGCUGCGUCUUAAAGACAUGAACUACAACGAGAAGAUCAAGGAGCUUACAGAGAAGUUCAUCCAGGAGAUGGAGUCUCUUAAAACUAAGAACCAAGUCUUGAAGGCUGACAAGGAUAAGGAGGAGGCCAAACAUGAGGAGGAGUUGGCUGAAGUCAUGGAGAAACACAGCAAGGAGAUGCAGGACUUAGAAUCUGCCAAUAACCAGAAGCUGAUGCUGGAGUAUGAGAAGUACCAGGAGCUGCAGGCCAAGUCUCAGAAGAUGCAGGAGGACUACGAGAGGCAGCUGCAGGAGAUGGAGGAGAGUAAGGAGCAGGCUCUGGAGGAACUCACCGAGUACUACGAGACUAAACUACAGGAGAAAACUGCUCAGCUGGAACAGUCCAAUGACGAGUCCCGACAGCAGAUGCGAGAGUACGAAGAGACCAAAAAGCAGAUUGAGGAGGACGCAGACCGCGAGAUCCUGGACAUCAAGAACAAGUACGAGAGGAAGCUACGGGAUGAGAAGGAGGCCAACCUGCGGCUGAAGGGGGAGACCGGCAUCAUGAGGAAGAAGUUCACCAGCCUACAGAGAGACAUUGACGAGCUGAAGUCUGAAAUCGAGAGGCUCAAGAACGAGAACGCCAAACUCCAGUCUGUCAUCAAGUCCCUGGAGAAGGACAUCUUCGGCCUGAAGAAGGAGAUACAGGAGAGAGAUGAGACUAUCCAAGACAAGGAGAAGAGAAUCUAUGACCUGAAGAAGAAGAACCAGGAGUUGGAGAAGUUCAAGUUCGUGCUGGACUACAAGAUCAAGGAGCUCAAGAAGCAGAUCGAGCCUCGGGAGAACGACAUCAAGGCCAUGAAGGAACAGAUUCAGGAGAUGGAGAGUGAGUUGGAACGUUUCCACAAGCAGAACACCCAGCUGGAGUUGAACAUCACAGAGCUGCGACAGAAGCUGAAGGCCACAGACAAGGAGAUGCACCAGGAGAGACAGAGGGUGCGUGAUGUAGAGGCGAUGAACCGGCGCUUCAAGACAGACCUGCACAACUGUGUAGCGUACAUCCAGGACCCCAAGAUGCUGAAGGAGUCCAUCAAACAGUUGUAUGCUACAUACGUACAGGAUGACACGAUCGAGUCUGCGAGCGUGGAUGCGGACAUCCAGAAAGAGUACGCUCGACAGCGCGAGCACCUGGAGCGCAGCGUGGCCUCGCUUAGGAAGAAGCUGUCCAAAGACACGGAGAUCCACCGCGCUGACAACGUCCGCAUCAUGCAGGAGAAUGUGCUGCUGAUUAAAGAAAUCAAUGACCUGAGACGUGAGCUGAAGAUAGCGAGGACACAGGUCCACGAUCUGGAGGCCACUCUGGGCAUCAACAAACAGAAACAGAAGAAGGAGAUCCCAGAUACUGCAGCUACCUUCACCACUGUGAGCAGUGCCCAGAGUAUGGGCCGAACACAGCGGGCGAACGACGACCUGAACCGCAUCAUUGACAUGCAGAAAUCCGAAAUCAAGAAGCUCCGCUUCCAGGUCAAGGACUUAGAGGAGAAGGUCAACUACAGGCCAGGGUCAGGGAGCAAAGUUCAACUUCCACCAAUGGGAGCUGUGGUGGAGAAAUUGUAAAUGAAACAAAAUAUAUAUCAAAACAUUUCAUUGAGUUUAAAAUGAUUUCUCUGGCUACUCUGUAUAUACAUGUUUUAUCAUUUUACACUUCUAUAUGUAAAGAGUUGCUGCACUUGACAUGAAGUUCAAAGAAAUAGUCUAUAUAUAUUUGCAGUGUUUUGACAUGUAAAGGUGGGAGAUAGACACAUGUGAUUGAAUUCUAUCUAGUUGUAGUGUAAAGAAAAGUCUGACAGUGAAUUCUUAUAAUGUAAUUUUGUAUUGCUUUCAUCAUUCUGAAAUAAAAUGAAUUCCAUAACAGCAUAAGGUGUCAGCACAAAAA